AUGAAUUGGGGGUUAGCUUUAUUUCCUCUCGAGGUCGUAGUCACAUUUGCAAUUCUUUUUGCUUCAAAAUCAACUCGAGCUGAACCCGAGGAGAUUCAGAAUUCCCCCGUCGUUCACACCGAGUCUGGAGCAGUUAUCGGUAAAAUUGAAGCCCUUCCAAACGGUAAAUCAGUGUAUGAGUAUCUUGGUAUCCCAUAUGCAGAGCCUCCAGUUGGAGGGUUGAGGUUUGCAGCUUCAAAGCCCAUCAAACCUUGGACGGGGAUAAAACAAGCCACUGAGUUUGGAGCAACUUGUGGACAACCGGCAUUGAACUAUCCUAAUGCCGGCCUUUUUCGUCCAGGUAUUCUAUUUUAAAUGCAUGAUUAACAUCUUAGUUAAUAAGAAGGAAAUUUUAUGGCUCAAAUCAACGGACUACAGCUCUUCGGAAAUUUCUCCUUGAUAUACCAGCGAAUAUGUUUGCGUCGUACAUUAUUUGCUUGGUAUUAAAGUGCAUCUUGUUCGAAAGAACCAGUGCAGUUUUCCUUUACACUGCUUUAACCAAGGAGCUGAUAAAGUUAUUUGCCAUUACUGCUGGAUUAUAGAAUGAAAUUAGUUGAAAGUCUGCUGAAACUCCUGAUUUCCAUGUCUUUGAGAUCGUAAACGAGAUCGUUGCGUGACGCUGCGGGUGAAAUCAAUUUUUGUUUGAAGUGUGGCGAUUAAUCUGUAAUGGCUGUCUCUUGACGUCAUUAGCUUCACGGCUCAGCUGCUUUCAUCAUUUCGGGAUAACGAGCUCUCAUCUCGAAUAACGAUGGUCUAAUGUUUUUUUUUUCUGUCUCACUCUCUUAACCCGACUCAAGUUUCCAUGUCAUUGCGGUGAUCGUUUUACCAUCUUAAUAUUUUUUGUCGUGAAUGAGCUGACGCUCAUAAGCAUACAUCACAGUCGAAUAUCCGUGUCAAUAUUGUCUGGUACAUCUCUAAUUGUAUACAAAAACAUAUUGGAUCAUUAUCAGUGGCUAGGAACAGACUCUUAUAACAAACUACCGCACAAUUUUAAUAGAAAAACCCUCAUAUAAAACGUCAUUGUCACACAGCAACAAUUCAGAGUUUCAGUUGAAAUUCCUUGGAUGUGAGAUACGAAUUUUAGGUCCCUGGGUGUAAGGAAAGCAUUUACGAUCGAUAUCAACAUCUGCGAGCAGACCCUUGAUGUAAGAUUUUUCGAUCGGUAUAAACAUCUAGGCACGGGUUUAACAUGGAGGUACAUUGUAAGGUCAAUAUCAACAGCUGAGCACAGGAUACGCACUGGAGGUAAGAAUUUGCGAUCUACACAGACCCCUUAUCGUAAGAUUUUCCGAUUCAUGUGAACAUCGGGGCACAGAUAUGUCAUGUAAGACAUACUGAUAUAAACCCCUGAUUGUAAGAACCCCUAAAUGUAAUGUUUGUGCUACUGUUUCAGGGAGUGAUGAAGAGGACUGUCUUUUCCUGAACAUUUUCGUUCCAUCGACGAUUAAACUCGACGAAAAGAUGGUUGUGAUGGUUUUUAUUUAUGGCGGUGGAUUCACGCAAGGUUCCUCUUCUUCGUACCCUGGUGCAGUCUUGGCCGCCUUCAAUGAUGUAAUUUUUCUGUCAUUUAAUUACCGAAUAGGAAUACUCGGAUUUUUCAACGUUCCUGGCACUGAUAUCACAGGAAAUUAUGGGAUGCUGGAUCAGGUAUUUACUUUUCUUUUUAAAUUUUAAAGCAUAAACUUUUCGUAAUGAUAUUGUACAGGCAGCCACUUAUCCUAGUAUUGGGUUCAUGUAUUUUAUGAUCGUUAACGCCCAGCAGGAAACUAACUCGCUACACUAAGUUUUGAUUGUGGUGUAGACGGGAGGGAAUUUGAGGACUCUUUUUCGCAAACAGGUAAAUUAGAGGAUCUGAAUACCUGAAUACCCGAAUACCGAUACCUUAGUAUUUUUUAUUUGGCAGAAUAUCACCAGAAUAAAUCGGCUGCGAUUCAAUUGUUAAUCGUGGACUAAUAAUUCAUUUGUUGCGUCCAGGUUCUGGCAUUGAAGUGGGUUCAAAACAACAUUGCGAGUUUUGGUGGCGAUCCAAACAAAGUGACCAUAUUUGGUGAAAGUGUUGGGGGAAAUAGUGUCUCCCUCCAUUUAAUCUCGCCAUUAUCCAAAGGCCUCUUUCAAAGAGCCAUCAUACAAAGUGGCGCAGCCUCUUCGCCUUUAUUUUGUGGAAAAGUCACUCAGCCAAAACAGUUGGAACUUUUUGCAAAGGCUAUAAACUGUCCCUUCACUUUGGGGUUAAGUUUGGUGGAGUGUGCACGAGGUAAAUCAGCCAAUGAAAUCAUCAAAGGACAGGAAGGAGUUUCUCAUGCUAAUUAUCAUGGCCCACUUGACAUCUUAGCUCCUGUAGUUGAUGGCCACUUUCUGCCAGAUCUGCCUGAAAAUCUGUUUAACACCGGCAAAUUUCAUUCAGAAGUUGACGUAAUUACUGGUUUCACUGACAACGAAGGUGCUAUGAUGGCCAUGUUCUUGCCACAACAGGUCCAAAAUGGAACGAGUCUGGACAUCUUCAAAUAUCUUGUAACGAAAGGAUUGCUUUAUGCUCGUGAAAAGAGUAAACUAAUAGAGGACUUUAUCUUAUUCGAGUAUACUCACCAUGCAGACCCCGAUGACAAGGCUGCCCAUCGACAAUCAUUGAUGGACGUCAUUGGUGAUGCAUAUUUUGUAGCGCCUGCCCUACUUGAAGCCAAUGCUUUAGCAAAGGUAAAUAAUUUGUGAUCAGAUACAUUACAAAAACAAUAUCUAGAGAUUUCUUCACUGAAAGCGGAGUCACUGCCUGGUGAAUUACCAAUUAACUGAUUGCUAAAAAUGACUCAUUGACUGACAAUCUAAUCCUUCAAUUAAUUCACUUUGUAAUUAGAGCCGUGAAAAAAAACUUGACUGUCACAAUUGUGAUAGCGUCUGUCAAGACUAAAAUAUAUUUGGAAAAAAUGACUUUAGAUAAUUAAAUCAGUUUAUAUUUUUCUGCUUACAGGGAGGGAGGCCGCCAUUUGUAUACGUUUUCGAUUACCAGGCAGUCUUCUCGCCUUUGCCUGAGUGGUUUGGAGCUGUGCAUGGCAUGGAUGUCCCGUUUGUGUUCGGUGCACCUUUUCAAAGCUUGUCGGAACCGAUCAUUGAUAAGCUGGCAUCAAGAUUUUCUGACAUUGAAAAAGGGCUGAGCUUGUAUGUCAUGAAAAUGUGGACGGACUUUGCCAAAUAUGGGUGAGUAAAAAUAAAUAAUAAAAAAUAAUAAUAAAGGUGGCACAAAUCUUCUUCAUGUUUUUCAAAUUCCAAAUUCUUUGCAGGAUCGUAGGUCCUUAACGUUUUCGUUCGUAGUAUAAAAAUUAGCAUCAUGAAAGACCUACAAUUUUUCAAAAUAUUGUUAUCAUUUUCUGUACCAAGAGAAAAUGGUGCCUGCAGAAACACCACGGCCUCUUAGAAAACCUUUUAAUUUUUGCCGUGUUUUAUGAACCCGUAACUUGAAAAUAGUUGAAACUCCCAGUAUUUACUAGUAAGUCAAUUGGUGAAUAAAGGUUUAUCUUCUUAUGAUUCAGUGUAAGUAAAUAUUCCAUUUCAAUCAUGGUUUACCCAUAUGACUACUUGCAAAUAAUUGCUGCAUCUUUGACUUUCCAAACAGAUCCCCGACGCCCCCCGAAUCAGGACCCUCACCCGUCACUUGGCCUAAAUUUACAGAGCAAGACCAGGAAUAUCUUAUCAUUGGCUUGAAACCAAAGACUAAACGCAGAUACAGGGCAAGAAGAGUGAAAUUUUGGAAUGAGAUUGUUCCUAAACUGACGGAGUUAUCACAAAUGCAGAAGAAGGAAGUUAAAACGCAAACAACAAAAGACGAGCUGUAAACGAUUGCGAAAACAAAGCAUUUUUACCACAGAACUGUGAACUUUUAAAAGCUCCUUACAUCGAUGCACUUUUGUUUUUAGAAAGGAACAAUCGCUUUCUAUUUCAGUCUUUUUCAUUCCCAUGCAGAUUCGGAAUCUUACGGUUAACAGAUAUCUUUGUUCUAGCAGCUGUGCAUUUUAUUUCAGGAUUAAAGCUCAAAAUAACACUCAAAUUGGAUUUUUGCAGAAGUACAUUUUCGAGGUGGCUUUUCGUUUAAUGUUUUUAGGUCGAACUGGAAUUUGGACAGGUUUUUGUGGAGGGGAGGAUAGAGGACAUCACUCGCCAUCCCUGCGACAACAUACAAUUCAAAAGCAUUUAAAAAUUGUUUUCCUUUUUCUGUUUCUACCCCUUCCCUUUCUUUUAUAUUCCUGUUUUAAUAGGUCCUUGCGCCGAUUCACUCUCCUUUUGCCAUGUUUUGCUUCGCCUCACACCAACUUUGCGAGUUUGCCCUUAAACGUGAGUAAAGCAAGUUCGUCCUCGACAUUAGCAUUUCGUCACCAAAUCAUACAACUCAUUUCCUAACGGCAGAACAUCAUGAUUCCCUCUCUGUUCCCUCGGUGUAUCGAUCGAAGUGCAAUUUUUCCGCGGAAGCAUAAGAAAUUUCCAUCAACGCGCAAUUCAAACUCGUAGCCGUGUUAUCAAACACACGACUGCUGCACGGGUAAAGUCGAGUAGCACUGAGCCUUCGCCUUACUCCAGAAUAUGUCUAAGUGAUUUGACACUAUUUUAUGCUUUUCUCAGCGGCAACUGUCAAUAACUAGUUAUUUUGCCCUAUAUCAGAACCUCACGCUGACUCAAAACAUUAUCAGCAUUUCAUAAAAAGAAUCUUUUUGGAUAGCUUAUUAUUACAAGUUUCCGUUGACUCAGACGCUCAAAGAGGCAAGCCACGUGACUAACUUAGUUUCAAGCUUUAGGACUAUCUUGACUGGAUGAUCCGUAUUUAUAACUGUGAAAACUUAGUAAUUUAAUAUCAUCAACUGAGUUGAUAGCGUAAAUUGGCCAUCGUAAAGAGUUUUAAAGCUGACGUUUCGAGCGUUAGCACUUUGUCAUUCGCUCUAACGAGCAAGAAAUAGGCAAGAAAUGUCUUGGAAAGCAUUUUAUAAGUGAAAGGAAACUACAGUAGACAACAGCCUAGAAACCAUCUUGUGUUUAGUGAGUUAAAGAACUGAAAAUAGUGCGUAAAAAAUAAAGAUGCUGAACGCUACAUGUUACAGUUCUACGAAUUGUUUAUUUACUUUUCUGAACUUUCCUUGUUCUCUGGUUUGUUUAUUUGACAGCUUAGAACUACGAUUAAUUUUCAAUCCUCAGGAAGCAAAUCGGUUUUCGGACACCUUCGCUCGACGCACCAAAUAAACAUCUCAAAGCACUUACGGGUACUGGUGAUUUUAAAGAAUCAACUCUUUAUGUUGUGGUGUAAAAGUAAUUAUUGUUGUGGUUUUUUUUCCUUUUUCAUUUUGUUCACAAACUGAAAUUCCCAAGAUCUCUGUAUCCUGCUGCCGACGUUCAUACCAUGCAGCAUAACCACCAGAGUACGCUGAUUUGCAAAUUGACAGACAGCACAGGCUCAUCGCACAAUUCUCACAAUUGUCGGCUGAAAAGAAUUUCGUGGUUUAAAAAAAAAUGCCUUUGGAAAGUGUGUCAAAUCCGAAUCCAUCGGAUCCCAAGGACUCUCCUCGUCCCUUAGGUUUGAAAAGUGUCGGCGUGGAGGACAAGGUAAUUAUAACUUCCUUCUUGUUACGAGCUGCAAAACCGGCAUCAUAUGAAGUAUCUGAUCAUACUGUGGUAUAUAGUAAGUACUAAUGGCUGUUCUAUCAAAUGAUACGAGUGUGUGUUUCCCCAAUUUCUGUUUCGAUCAAUUUCUCCUGGUUGAGGCUCUGCGGAUAGACUCCUUCCGUGCGCUAACUUAUCUAUUGUAGGCAUUUUCUGUUACAAUUAGACGAUAGUCAUCAAAAUUCGUAGAAAAUUCAGCAAUGGCAACAUGUAGACUUUUUGUCAUUCAUUUGUCGGAAAGCUUCAUCAUUCUCAGGAGUCAGAAAGAUGAUUGAUGAAUGUACCAUGAUGAUGAAUGUACCAUGAUGUUUUAGCAUUGGAGAUAUUGAAAUUGCAUUGCGAGAAAAGGAAUAAUCGGCAGUAAUGUCGCAAUGCAAUUGGCCAAUUUACCAUUGUCGAUAAGAGUACAGACAAAGCCGCUCGCGUGAACGUGUCACGCAAUGGUCACACAAUGAAAGAAUCAUUUUAUUUGACGUCGAUAUUGUGGUAAAAAAACAAAUCAACAGUAGUUUGGUGUGGUCUGUACUCUUAUCGACAACGAUAUUCUUCAUCACCGUUGUCAAAAUUUAAUUUUUUGCGGUCUCAGCAUGCUACGCCUCGUGAGUCCACAACAUUUUGACCACUGCGCCGACGAAUAUCCAAUAAGAGUUAAGACUACGCUAAACCACUUUCGAUUUGUUAACCUCACCAUCAACUUUCACUUUACCAACUUCCUUUAGUUAAAACCAGCCAAUGAAAUGCAAACAUGCAACUGUGAUAAUAUUCCUCAUUUCAGUAUUUUCGGUUUCAACAAGUCCCGGGAGUCUUCGAGUACCCUGUCCUGUUUUUCCGUUCAGUUAUCAUCUUUCCCCUUACGUGUGUAAUUCAAUAUAAAAAUAAUACAUUGAUACUUACGCAGAUAAACUUCCUUUUACAGGUCAACUGCAGAGCUUUGUGUUUACUGUCCAAGGUUAGAGCACUACUAAUUUGCGAUUUGACUGAAAAUUCUAGAACCUUCUCUCCAUAUUGUAAGUCAUGGAGAGACCGGUUUUGUGUUUGGAGUAGCUUUCAGGAAUUUGUCUUGGUUUUUAACGAUAUUAACGCCAAAAUACUACAAAAAGAAGACAGAACUGAGGCUCUUGGUGGUGAAAGCAUGAAAUUACUUUGCCGGCAAGAAUGGAUAAGGUAUUAAAUCCGUGAAAAAAAAAAAAGAUCUCUAUUUUGAAACCUCAGUCACAAAUAAGUCUCAUUUUCCUACUAUCAUGGUCAUUACUCACGUUCUUAUCAAAGAAAGGUCAACAAAGACGGAUGUCGUUAACAUGUAAAUCUUGGUUUUAGGUCCAAAUCAUGAUCUUGAGUUAUCCAAAUCCACUGGAAUUUGCUUCCCUUUCAGCAGUCUGGUCCAGCCCCGUCCUUGACUUGAACUAACUAUAAAAUUUAAAUACAAAAAAUAGCGGGUAAACUCAGAAAUAAAGUAUUCCGAGCGUUGACUCAAGGGGGAGAGAAGAAUGCUACUGAUAAAAAUUGAGAACGGAACGAUAAACGAUGAGCUGCAAGAUUAUUGGUUGUUGGGCAAUAAAUAAAUAGAGGUCUAGCGUCACAUUCGUGCCUGAUAAGCAGACUGACGUCGCUGCCUUGGUCAAAGAUUAUUUUCUUAAAUAGUCUCUCCGUCGUUCAGAUGGACCAUGUGCACCCGCGUAACGCUUUUAUAAUUUUUUUGAUAUUCUUGUUUUCUGAGUUACACUUUAACAGGUAGAGCUUUCUUUGAAUCUUUACAAAAAUGGCUUCUUGUUUAAGGUUCUUUGUAGAAUCAUUAGCUUUUCCUGUUCAAACGCAUGAAAGUUAUGAUCGUAAUUCAAACAUAGUAUUGCACCAUGCACCUUCUUGCAAGAGGAAGACUCGACUCCUCCGAUUUGCCUAGCUUGAAUUGAUAACCGGAAGAGGUAAUAAAAAUUGAUGCCAUUCAAUAACGGUGUAAAUACAGAAUUUGACUGGAAGGAAAAAAGGUCAUGGGUAUUGGUGUCCUUGAAUAGAAAGCUCCGCUUACGAUAGUAUCCGUUUGCAGAAAGUUGACAGUAUAAAUAAGGCGGUUUUGUUCUGGGGUCAUGAUUUUGAGCAUUUUCGGUUCGUGUGUACAUGUGUUUAAAUCAUUUUUACUAAGUAUUUGUAUCUUAAGUGCACUUUUUAAAACUUUUUAUCAUUGUCAAAUUAGAUCAAACAUCGCUCAGUGAACAUCACAGGAACAGCUAAGGAUAAUGUGAUCUCUUAACGCAGCUAAGAACCAUCCCGCGAUUUUCCUUUUUCCUUUAGCACAUUUCCGUUUCUGCUCCUGUACCACUGAGCAAGCACAAGACACGCCAGGUAACCUUAUCAAAACUCACUUAGAAUAGUUUCUAAUGCCUGAGGAUAUUUUUUUAGAAGUGGAACUGUUCGUUAUCGAAAGAUGUAAAUUGACUCGCUGGCCAGAAAAGAUAUUUUGGGCUAAUAUUAAAAGCUGGAAAGUUGUCAUUUGAGUGCUUCUGGUCAACAGUCUUGGGUGUGGCAGGAUACUGAUUAAUGAUGUUCCUUCCGCUGCAUUGAAAAGCGAAAAUUGAAAGGCUAUUUUUACCAUUAUUAUACUUUUGGCUCAUAUCAUGCUCAUGCGCAAAUGAAAACAAUUAGAUUGUUAUAAAGUCUCGCUUUGAAAAGGUAAGACACAUUCGUCCUCACACUACUCACAAGCAGUUCCUUCAUCAUUGAGGUAGAUCAGAUUACCUCUGAGGUUGCCGAGGAAAAGGCUAUCUACGAGAAGUAAGUGGUUGUAUUAUAAAGCUUGCUAAAUAUUUAUUCAUUUGUUCCCGUUAGGAAAUCCUGUGCUGACCGCAAGGAAACUAUAAGUGUAUUUAUGUUUGCUAAUCAAUUAGCUGAAAAUCUACGAUCUAUUAUUGUUGCAACGUGUAUCAGGGCACAGCUGAAGGACGAUGUCAGGAAACAAGUAAUGCUGACCAACGAAAGAAACAGCUUGUCUUUAAAUAUUGAAGCAGAUCACAAAUACUAACGACAGAUUAGAUGAUAAGGCGAUUUUACAUUUUCCCUCCAACAGACAGGUGUUCACUAAACUUCAAGCGAAACUCCUUGCGUGAAUCAAAACAUGUCUUCCUUCACUGCUUUGUCGAUUUUGCUUACCCUAGGUGAGUUGAAAGAAUAUGAACUGUUUUUUAAAUGCUUCGGCACUCAAAUGAGACCGUAUUGAUUAAAUAAUGAGAGUCAUUGAUGCUUUUUCCGUCACAAUAUGUCUGUGUCUCUUGUGCAGUGGCGUGGGCUCAGCUCAUUUAGACUGAGUUAAGGUGAGUCUUUUAAUUGCUCAUCAUUCCAGUCAUCUUUUUGGGUGGUGAAUCUCACUUUUCAAAAUGUGCUCACAAAGUGAAAAAUAAUAACAGUCGAAGCCACGUUUUCAAAUAACAAUGAAGGGAGAACUCAGAAAAGUUUAUAAAGAUUUCAGAUUUUUCUAAUAACUAUACAUAAACAGGAAAAAAAAAGUUGAAAAGAUCUUUCAAUUUGUAUUAGUCUUUUUCGAGAAUUAUGUAUUCAAAUUUCAUUCUUUCUGAUUCCUUUGUCCUAUUCGGUAAAAUUCCCUUAAAAUGCCAGUUGUUUGGCAAGAACGUUUAGCGCGACUGAGCUCACAAGUCACCCACAUCAGGCUUUUUUUACUUGCACGGAUUCAAAAAAUUUUAACUUUUGGUGGAUCAAUGUAAAUGAAACUGUUUGUAGGGAAAAAAAAUAUUACAUGUAAACGAAUGUGCCUCCUUUCCUGGGGGGAAAAAACCUGUGAUGUUCAUAGGGGUUUUACGAAAUCACAGGAAGAAAUCUGCUGAUCAAUGAACAAGACUAUCAAUCAGUGAUACUUGAUGACUUUUGUAGCUUAAUAAUCUAAUUUGUUUACAUCGCUGCUUAAUUCGAGGAUCAGCAUUCUCACUAAGUCUUACGAUAUUGAAAACAUCUUCUUUAGCUCAAAUUCUUCUUACAUUAAACUUCAAAUUGAUUAAAGUCUUGACAAAGCAAAACCGAAGCAUAUAUUCGAAUCUGACCAACACAAGCCGUUAGAUCGAGUAUUUCUUUCUCGUCGACCAACAAAGAAAUGCUUUGAUUGUGAGCAUUUCAUGAUUCUCAGCUACGAAAUCUUAGACUCAAAUGAUUUUGAAAAAUUAUAGAGGGGCUUCUAAAUUCCCCAGCUUUGAUUGUGAACGAGUCAUUUCCUAAGUCACUUUCUGCAUAGUAAGCACUUUCACUUUAGCAACUUCCUUUAGUUAAAACCAGCCAAUGAAAUGGAUACAUGCAACUGUGAUAAUAUUCCUCAUUUCAGUAUUUUCGGUUUCCACAAAUCCCGGGAGUCCUCGAGUAUCUGUCCAGUUUUUCCGUUCAGUUAUUAUCUCUUCCCUUACGUGUGUAAUUUAAUAUGAAAAUAAUACAUUGAGACUUACACAGAUAAACUUCCUUUUACAGGUCAACUGCAGGGCUUUGUGUUUACUGUCCAAGGUUAGAGCACUACUAAUUUGCAAACGUGUCGUCACUCAACAAGAGAAAACAAUACAAGGGAAAUUCCCGAUUGGACUGAAAAAAAACUAUUUUGACUGCAUUGUGCUCUACAAAAAAGGAAGUCAUCAAAAUCACGGCGUUGUAUUUUCAAUGCCGUUUUGCAUCAAUAAACCAAUGAUAAGUUGACGAAAUAAGACUCGGACUAUCGAAUAAAUUGACCCUGAGCUCAGAAUUUCACGGUGAAAGGUAAACUUUUCAGGUAUGACAAAUAAAAUGCAAUUUUGAAUGUACUAUCUCCUUUCGUGUUGUAAAUGAGUCCCAGAAAAAGCCUUCCAUCCUUAACUACUUAGGGCUUUUCCUGCAGUCAGUGAAGUUCGUUUGUAUAUAAUUUGCCUCAAAACUAAAAUUCAAACUCUAAACGGGAAAAAGCGAUUAACAACAGGGACAACAGGUUUAUUGUGGUUGAAAAUGUACACUUUUAUUUAUAAUAAGCUUGGUCGGCCGAUGGAAGUUUUUUUUACACCAGAGACAACCAACUCUCAGUACCAAAAAAAUUUUAGAGUGCCCCUAGGAAAGAAUAGAAAUCAAUGUUAAUUUAACAAGUUUGAUCGUCUUUUUUUAGGUGAAAUACCGAAAAAGCAUAUGUGUCCCAACGAGACGUUACGUCUGGAAUGUAGAGAACUGAAAUCUUCGUAUGAAUACAUCAAAUGGAAAGUUUGGGAUUCUAACAGCUUGAAAUUUAUUGAGAUUGCUUAUUGUAACAAUUCCCAGAAAUGUACUCUUCUGAGUCAUUCACAGGAGUUUGAUGGAAUCAUUGUUAAAGGAGUAUCCAAAGAAAGUCUCAUCAUAAAACGGUCAACACGAGAGGCAGGGAAGAGAAACGUAACCUUUAAAUGCGUCUAUUAUGGAGAUCGAACCACUGCUAACCGAGUUGUGAUUGAUCUUUCCACCAAAUGUAAGUCUUUUUUUCAUUUCUCUCCGUGCGCUAGAGCAACUAAUUCGAUCAGGUAACAUUUUAUCUAGUGGUAGCUUACUGGUCAUGCCUGCUGAAUAAAUGAACGUUGGAGGACAGCAAUCGAAAAAAGGACGUCUUCAAUAAGCAAAACAAGCCCCAAGAGACAAAAAUGAUAAGUACAUUACUCUACAGUCUACGAAGGAUAUGAUAAAGAAUGUAUCUCCACCCGAGUGGGAUAGCAAGGACAGGAAUGGCUUUUAGAUUUCCCUAAUAAUCAUCCAGCUUCCAGUCUGUCGUUUGUCUGUAAAACGACUAUAUUUACUAAUCUUUUCAUUCCAGGUAUUUGGGCCCAAGAGGGAAGCGAUGUGAACCUGACUCACCACUUAAUCAAGAUGGUGCGGCAAUGGACACGAGUAGAGGACCUUUUUAUCAGAAGUAUGCCAAAUCCAAAGAAAACAAUUGCGUAUUGCACAAGUACGCAAUGCAAAGUACUAGAUCAUAGCUGGCCGGGGUUUCGAGACAGAUUUAUUCUGAAUAGUAAUGCCGUGAUGCUUAAAGGAAUAAAAGGAGGAGAUAAUGGCCUUGAAAUGAAAAUUGUGAUUCGCUGGAGCGGUGAGCGGCAAGAGCACUUCACGCUCAAGAUUCGCCUGAGAGAAGAAAUACCCGAAGGUUAGAUAUUAGGACUGUUAGCGAAUAUUAUGAAAAGCUCUAACUUCCUUUAAUUCAGCCAUUUACUCAUUAGGGACAUUGCUUCAGUAUAAAAAUGGUAUAUAAUAGGUAAAUACGAACAGAUACCACGCAAGAGACGCGGCAAAUUGACCUGGAAGACAUACAAUGGGUGUUUAUUUCGGAAACCGUGCUCGACAUAUAUAGCAAAUUGUGUAUGAACAACGUACUGAACUAGGGUAUGUCAAAAUAUUUUUCAUUGAUGGGUUUGAACGAAUGGCACUCGGGAUGAUAUGCUUGAAACGUUCCACAGGUGGCGCUGUUUAAGGAGAAGUGAGUUAUUCACUCAGGACUUUUUUUUUGUUUCAGGGACAAAUUGCAGCAAGCCUAACUCUAAUCAAACUUUCACAGAGCUGGUGAGUUUUUCUGGAUUCAGGCUUCAAUGGAUUGACCUUUUUUUAUUAAAUUCAUCAUGUGGCUGAUUUGAAGCUAGUUAUUUAAUCAACACAACAUCCGGAUCAUCAUUAGUAUCUUUCUUCAUAUGUUCGUCGUCCCUCAAUAAUACCAUUUAGAAUCUAUCUCUUUGAUCCUCGUUUGCAGGUUAGAGGCUUUGAAAACUCAACCGUCGUGCAGAUAGAGUCUGGAAAAAUUGUCGGCAAGAUUGAAAGCCUCCCACUUGGAAAAUCAGUGCUCACUUAUCUUGGGAUCCCAUUUGCCGAGCCUCCUGUGAAUGAAUUGAGGUUUGCUGCUCCAAACCAGGCCAAACCAUGGACAGGGGUCAGACAAGCGACAGACUACAAAGCUGCGUGCCCUCAGCCAGAUUUUCCAAUACCUAAUGUCAGAGUUGGAGAAGGUAAGGCAUGACGCUCAUAUAAAAUAAUAUGUAUAGCAACAGAGCAAAAAAAAACCUCCAGUGCUAUCAGGAAAGCACUGGAGGGAAAUUAGAUCAAUUGAAAGCGUUCUACGAUUUUUGAUAAACAUAUAUUUGUUCGAAGUGAUUGUUAACUCUUGCUUAAACACUUCCCUUUCUCAUAGUGGACGAAGAUUGCCUUUACCUGAAUGUUUUUCUACCGGCAUCCACUAUAAAAGCCCGCGACAAGAAAGCAGUCAUGGUUUGGAUUCAAGGCCACAACUUCACAUUCGGUUCCUCGGCUCAUUAUCCGGCCCAUAUCUUGGCUUCAUUGAACGACGUGAUCGUGGUAACUUUUAACUACAGGCUUGGAAUAUUAGGAUUCCUUAACAUUCCUGGCACUGACUUAAAGGGAAAUUAUGGAAUGCAAGAUCAGGUAUACGGAUCUAACCGUGCGGUAACGCAUUGUACAAAUGUAUUGUAAAGAAGACAGUGAUAUCAUACAAAACACUUACCAAUUAAAUUACAAACUAUAUACACCAAAAAUUAUGAAUAAAACUUGACUCUCUUUUUUCUUCGUCGAAAACUUCAAGAUCCAUUCUUCUUGAGUAAAACGUAGUUAACCAACGAACAAAAAUAUCUAAGAAUUACUUUGUCUCAUAUCUGCAGGUGAUGGUAUUGCAAUGGGUAAAAAAAAACAUUGCAAGUUUUGGUGGAGAUCCCAACAAAGUGACCAUAUUUGGUGAGGGUGCUGGGGGAAUUAGUGUCUCCCUUCAUCUUAUUUCUCCGUUGUCGAAAGGAUUGUUUCAAGGAGCCAUAAUUCAGAGCGGCUUUGCUACUUCACCUAUACUUAGAGGUAAUGGGGCAAGCACUCACACCUUGAAGGAAUUGAAAAAAGUCGCUAAAUGCGGGCCAGACAUGGAACUCACUCGUUGUUUACGGAGCAAAAGCCCGGCGGAAAUUAUUGAUACUCAAACAAGGUUUUCAUCACUUUUCCCCACCGAGAUAUCAGCAGAAAUUACCACGCCUGUUCCAGAUAGAGAAUUCCUUCCUGAAUUUCCCCAGAAGCUUUUCAAAGAAAGACGAUUUCCUGACAAAAGUGUUAACGUCAUGAUAGGGCUUACUUCACAUGAAGGAGCUCUUGAUUUGGUCCUAGAGGCGGGAAAUCUCGCCCAUGUCGACAGAAAGGAGUUUGAGUUUACCUUAAAACGUUCACUUGGUCUUUGGCAAAACAAAGAUCGACAUAGAGUUAUAGAAGAGCUGGUCAAGUAUCGAUACACAGACCAUAAUGAUCCUAGCAACAAAACUGCCAUCAGGGAAAUGAUGCUGGAGUUUGAAAGCGACUUUAAAUAUCUAGCGCCGGCAAUAUUUGAGGCCAGUGCUUUAGCGGAGGUAAAACAAACAUAGCUCGAUUAACUUAAUUAAAACACGCAACUUGAGGUUGUAGUUCGUUUCUUGUGACUUUUUUACCAAUUUGAAGAUAAAUUUAAAGAGACAAAUGCUAAACUUAGGUGGUAUGCAUGUAAUUGCAUGUGCUUUGGAUUUUAAAGAAAUUCUUACCAACUCGCUCCAACUCUUUUUUAUCAGUGAAUAGUAUUGUCCCUAUGUCAAAGCACAAAUUAUAAGUCAUUAAUAAUAUGCUGUUUUUAUUUUAUAUCUUGCAUUUUAGACGAGAGAGAGAACCUACCUCUACGUAUUUGAGCAUCGUCCGGACUUUACGCAGUUCCCGGCAUGGGCUGGGACAGUUCGCGGGAUGGAUGUCUCUUUUGUGUUCGGAGCACCAUUUAAGAAGCUUUCCUCUUUAAUCGACUAUUUCACGCCCAGAUUUUCCGAAAUCGAAAAGGGAUUCAGCCUAUACAUGAUGAAACUGUGGACGGAUUUUGCCAAAUUUGGGUAAGAACUGAUCAGAGUGUUCCUUAGUUUCCACUUCUUCCUUCAAGAAAAUUGAAAAUUGAAUUUAGGGAUCGGAAUGGGGCCAACUUCUAGGAGAAUCACGGUCUCUCUCGCCACGCGUCGCUUAGAAUCAAACGGUCUUUUCUGCACACAACAUAGCUAUUACUUAAUAGGUUAUUUUCCUUUUCAGAUCUCCUACUCCUCCCGGCUCUUCGAAAAUCACAUGGCGACAAUUUACCAAAGACGAGCAGUUUUACAUAGCUCUCGACGUGAAACCGAGGCUGAAGCAACGCUUUAGAGCCAGCCAAGUAGCUUUUUGGAAUGUCACAAGUAAGAUUGGUAGAAGAGGACGCAAAGGAAAGACAACUCCCAGAUCUUAUUUGUAA